AUGACAGAUGCUUCUAGUAAUAGCAAUGACGAUGCAAAUAUUACUAUUGAAAUAGAUACAUUAUUAAACGAUGUUCGGCAAUGUGUAGAAAAAUGUCGACAAUUCCAUAAAAUAUCUGGCAUUAGUAAACUUGAAAGAAAAUUUCGUGCAGAGGAUAGAUUUCUCCAGCGUCUUCGCGCUGAUACAAGUGACGUUAAUGUUAAUCAUUUAAAAAGUUCUAAUUUAACACAUUUACGAGCUGUUAUAGAGCAAAUCGAGGAAAUUGGCCCUGAGAAAAUCAAUGGAGUCUUAGUACCAUUUAAAGAUAAUCGUCAUCAAUUACUUAUAUGUGAAUUAGUUUAUAAUGAAGGUCGAACAUGGAUGAAAGUAAUUGCUAGAAAUGCACAAGCACUUCAUCUCAUUUGGAAAGGAAAUGGUCAUUAUGGACAACGAAGUAUUCUUAUAUCAAUGAGACAAUAUCUUGAAACAGCUCGUCACAAUGAAAUACAUUAUCAAACUCCAGAUGUCGUAUUUUAUUUUGUACAAGGUGUUACCGAACCAUUAGCUAAUCUAUUGAAAAAAAAUGGUAUUAUAGUUAAAGGUUCAAUUGUUGAAGUCAAUGAACAAGUUGAAAAACGUUUACAAAUUGUUGAUGAUUUUAGUUCGAGCGAUAGUGAUGAAGAAAGUGAAAGUGAAGUAGAAGAUGAAAAUGAUAAUGAUGAUGAUUAUAUUAAUAAUAAUACAGAAUUAAUUUCAUCGCAUGAACCAUCUAAAAUAAAUCUUGAUGUUAGCACACUAAUUUGUCUUGUUUCGGAAUUGACACAUGGUGGUCAUGUUUAUCGAUAUCCAAGUAAAUGGCUUGAAGUACCAGCAGAAUUAGAACGAGCUGAACGUCUUGCACCAAAAUUAGAAAAAUACAUGGAAGGAAAAGAAUUGUUUAUAUGUCAAACAGCAUACGAAGAAUUUAAUUCAAUUGUCAAUGUAGUUGGUGGACCUAAUGAAAAAAAACGAGCAGAAGAGCUAUUCAAACGACUUACCAUAGUUCCCGAUUGUCUAUCAGAACGAUCAACUGUUCUACAAGAAAGUGUUAAAAUAAAACCAAGAACAAAAAUAAUAUUUGGUACUGGAGAUCAUUUACGAGCAGUAACAAUGACCGCUAACAGAGGCUUUGUUCGAGCAGCAGCACAACAAGGAGUUCCUUUUGCUGUGUAUUUACAUCAAUCACGUGCUUUAACCGAGCAACAACAACACCUAUGCGCAUUACCUUUAUUGACACAAUCAGAAGAUAAACCAUAA